UUCGGGGCCAGAGAAGCAGCAAACCAAGCAGAGUGUCGGCAUAGUCUUGCUGCAGAUUGCAAUUGCAUUACUUUUACCUCACGAAGAGCAAGGGAGAAAUACUCCAAUCCCGAUCCCGCGCAUAAUCCAACUUCGCUAUAACGCUCCGCGGGAGAAAUCGACACAAUGCAACCUAGCACUCUCCUCCGGGCCACGAUGCCCCUUCGCUCUUCUUCUUCUUCUUCUUCCUCGCUAUCUAUUCUUCGAUACGCAGGCCCAAGCAGCAUUCUAUCUACUUCUCGCCGAUAUGCCUCAACCACAACAACCACAUCACCAUCUUCAGACCAACACCAACACCAACAACAACCACCACCUUCCUCUUCCUCUUCCUCUCAACAACCCCCAUCACCAACCAUCCCCCCUCCCCCCUCCCUCCGCAACUACCCCUACACCAUCCGCACCGGCACCGUGAUAUCCGUCGGAUUAAUGAACCGCACCGUCCGCGUCGCCCACCACCACACGACCUACGACCGGCUCAUCCGCAAAACCUACCCGAAAACAACCACCUAUCUCGUCUCCGACCCGCGCAACUCCCUCCGCGAAGGAGACGUGAUUGAAUUCUCAUCCGGGGCUCCGAAGAGCCGGCGCGUGAGACAUGUUGUGGAGCGGAUCGUGGCGCCGUUCGGGACGCCAGUGGAAGAGCGACCGGCGGUGAUGAGUCGGGAGGAGAGAGAGGAGGAGAGGGCGAGGAAGAGGGAGGAGAAGGUCAAGAGGAGAGAGGAGAGGAGGAGAGCUGCGAGUGGUGAUGGUCAGGUUGGGGUUGUUGAUGAGAGGAAGGAUCAUGUGGGUAGGAUUAGGGGGUUGAUUUUGGAGAGGGUUGGGGUUUGAAUUGAUUUGAAUUGAAAAAAAAAAAAAAAAACACUCAAUCGAAUUCAAUCCAAUAUCAAACCAUGAACUGAACGGGUGUGAUUUGAUUGAGAUUGAGAUUGAUGUUUUCAAAUUCUGUUCUGUUCUGUGAAAUAUGGGAGACCAGGCUAUCUAUUUUCUCUCUGCUUCUUUUCCCCUCAAGUCUACCCGUGUGAUAUUACUACU